CAAUAAACAAAGCCCCUUGAAGAGACUGUACCCCCAUUUGUAGCAUUAACAUGAAUAUAUAAUGUAUGUAAAUGUAGAGAUGUAAAGCCUUAAGAGAUAGAGAAAAUGUGGAAGCUUAAGAUAUCAGAAAAAGGGAAUGAUCCUUACAUUUACGGCAUCAACAAUUUUUUAGGAAGGCAAACAUGGGAGUUUGAUCCUCAUGCUGGUACUCCUGACGAGCUAGCUCAAGUUGAAGAAGCUCGCCAUAAUUUCUGGAAAAAUCGCUUUCAAGUCAAGCCUUCCUCUGAUCUUCUUUGCCAAUUUCAGUUUUUAAGAGAGAAAAAUUUCAAAGAAAUAACUCCGAAAGUCAAGAUUGGAGAUGACGAAGAAAUUACAAGAGAAGCUGCAACAUCUGCUUUGCGGAGGAGCGUCCACUUUAUGUCUGCCUUGCAGGCGAGCGAUGGUCAUUGGGGCGCAGAACAAAGUGGUCCAUUGUUCUUCACACCACCUUUGAUUUUUUGUCUAUAUAUUACCGGACAUCUCAAUUCCGUAUUUCCAGCAGAAUAUCGUAAAGAAAUUUUACGUUAUAUUUAUUGCCAUCAGAAUGAAGAUGGUGGUUGGGGAUUUCAUAUAGAAGGUGAGAGCACCAUGUUUUGUACGGUUCUCAACUAUAUAUGUAUGCGAAUACUUGGCGAAGGACCCGAUGGCGGAAAAGAUAUGGCUUGUGAAAGAGGUAGAACGUGGAUUCUUGAUCAUGGUGGUGCAAUUGCCAUAUGCUCUUGGGGAAAGAUAUGGUUAUCAAUUCUGGGAAUGUAUGAGUGGGAGGGGAACAAUCCUGUGCCCCCUGAGUUUUGGCUCUUUCCAGCAAGUUUUCCAACUCAUCCAGCAAACAUGAGUUGCUUCUCUCGGAAUAGUUUCGCACCUAUGUCAUAUCUAUAUGGAAAGAGAUUCGUUUGUCCAAGCACACCACUCAUUUUACAAAUAAGAGAUGAAAUUUAUAAUGAACCCUAUAACACAAUCAAUUGGAAAAAGGCGCGCCAUCUAUGCGCAAAGGAGGAUAAUCUGUAUCCCAAGACUUCAAUGCAGAAGUUAUUGUCGGACAUUCUUUACACAUUUACGGAGUCAUUUCCAAGUAAAUGGCCGUUCAAUAAGUUACGGGAGAAGUCUGUUAAAAUAGCAAUGGAUCAUAUUCAUUACGAAGACGAAAACAGUCGAUACAUUACUGUAGGAGGUUUGAUCAAGACAUUUAACAUGCUUGCUUGCUGGGUUGAAGACCCUAAUGGAGAAGCUUUUAAGAAACAUCUUGCAAGGGUUCCAGAUUACAUGUGGAUUGCAGAAGAUGGAAUGAAAAUGAUGCCCCUAGGAACUCAAUUAUGGGAUACUAGUUUGAUUCUUCAAGCUCUGCUGGCUAGUAAUCUUGCUGCUGAAGUCAGACAUACAGUUCAGAAAGGAUAUAAUUUUAUAAAGAAUACUCAGAUAUGUGAAACUCCAUUAGACGACUACAACAUCAUGUCACGUCCUGUGUUUAAGGGUACAUGGCCUCUUGCAGAUAUUGACCAUAAUUUGCAAGCUUCUGAUAGUUCUGCAGAAUGUAUGAAGUUCUGUCUUCUUUUCUCAAUGAUGCCGCCUGAAAUCAUCGGUGAGAAUAUAAAACCUAUCGAGUUAUACGAUGCUGUUGAUGUCAUACUUUCUCUUCAGGGUAAGAAUGGUGGCAUGCCAAUCUAUGAACCACCAAGAGCAGGGCCAUGGUUGGAGUGGUUCAGUCCGGUGGAAUUCCUUGAAAAAGUUGCCGUUGAGUAUGAGUACAUGGAGUGCACUUCGUCAUCACUCCAAGCGUUGGUUUUAUUUAAGAAGUUAUACCCUACACACAAGGAGAAAGAGAUUGAUCAUUUCAUUAAAAAUGCUAUUAAGUUCAUUGAAGGCACACAAAAUGCAGAUGGCUCAUGGUAUGGAAAUUUUGGAAUAUGCUUCACUUAUGGCACAUUCUUUGCAAUCAAAGGGCUAGCUGCUGCCGGCAAGACGUAUGAGACUUGUCUGGCUAUUCGUGAAGGUGUCAAUUUUCUUCUUAAGUUACAAGGAAAUGAUGGUGGAUGGGGAGAGAGUAGCCUUUCAUGCACACUAAAGGUACAUGUUCCCCUUGAAGGCAACCGAUCAAACUUAGUACAAACUGCGUUUGCUAUGAUGGGCUUGAUUCAUGGUGGGCAGGCUAAAAGAGAGCCUACAGUUUUACAUCGUGCUGCAAAAUUGUUGAUAAAUUCUCAAAUUGAACUCGGUGGUUUUCCUCAACAGGAAAUAACAGGAACAGUCUUGAGCAACUGUAUUCUGCACUAUGGCUUGUACCGAAAUACUUUUCCCUUGUGGGCUUUAGCGGAAUACUGUCAGCAUGUUCCUUUGCCUUCUAAAAUUAUUUGAAAAAAUAAAUAUAGAUUUUUUUAAUAAAAUAAAUUAAAAAAAUGAGUUGAAACUCCACAAAUUUAAAUUUCGUUUACCGUUUGUAUUGAUUGGAAUAAUUGGAUAUUGUUUAUCGCUUGUUUGGUUUAAUUUUAAUUUUUCUGUUUAUAUUUAA